UUGCUAUGAAGGCAACUUGGAGUGACAAUGAUAGUGACUCAGACCCUGAAGAGACUAAAGAAACGGCAAAUUUAUGCUUCAUGGCUAUUCAAGAAAGUGAUGAGGUAAACUCUAAACCAAAAGAAGAAAUUGAGCUUACUAUAAAUGAAAUGUAUGAUGCCAUACUAGAACUUCACAAUGACUUGCUUGACAUCACCAAAAGAUACAAGGAGCUCAAGAAGAAACUUCUCAUUCUUUCAAAAGAAAAUGACAUUUUGAAAAUUGAGAAUGAAAAACUCAAUGUUCAAAAUGUCAAUUUGAAGGAGUCACAAGAGUCUUCCUUAGUUGAUAAGCCCAGAAAGGAAAAUAAUGACUUGAGAAGGAAGAAUUGUGACUUACACAAGAUAUUUCUAAUUUCACUCAAGGUAGUGAAAAAUUAG